AUCCCUUUGUUCACGACUACAGACAUAGUGGAUCGUAUCAGAAUUCUGUGCGGCCAAUAUGCUGCCACCACAGAGGCGAAGCAGUACACCCCGCACCUCACCCCUUCCUUCGGAAAAGCCCUUUUCCUCGCCAACUCGGCGCCCAUCAAAGCGACUGUCGACCUAACGAUUCAGCUGGCCAGCCGCCUGUACUUCGGCUAUCUGCCGGCGAGUUGGGAGACGGUCUCGACGGCACAUUUCCACUUGGGCCGUCCGGAGAUCGUUCAGGUGGUUCGCAAGUCGGUCGUUGAAUUCUGCGACGCCGCGCUCGACAGCCGAUGAUGCGGGCGGCGCGGGAGUGCAACGCGUAGAUCGUCAAGGGCACCGAGGGUCGGAACUACUUCCGACUCAUGGACGUGCUCGAGCUGAUGAGCCAGGAGCAAGAGCAAGAGGAGGUCCCCGAACUGUUCUCCGACCCCGUGUGGAAGAGGGGCUACCCGCGGCUGAUCAUGCAGACGAUGAUCGAGACGAAGCUGGCCCAGGAUCCGGGCUACACGAUGGAGGACCCGGAGUCUGUGUGGAUGAGUUAUACGGUGAAUGACGAUUAUAUGGAGG